AUGAAAGCUUAUAUCUGCAAUUACAAAGGGCAUUGGUUUACUAUACGAAAGAUUGGAACUCAAUGGUUCAAUUUGAAUUCGAUGCUUAGCGGGCCACAGCUUAUAUCAGACACAUAUCUAGCGAUGUAUUUGGCUCAAUUAUUACAAGAAGGUUACUCAAUUUUCAUUGUUAUUGGUACACUUCCGCAAUGUCCUGCAGACGAAAUAUUAAUGAAGAAUCCAAUAAAACCUGCACCAAGAACAAAGGAAUGCGUUAAAGAACAGAAGCCUACGACUGCAGGAUAUCGUUUAGGUACCAAAGAAGAAGAUGAAGUUAUGAAAGCGGUUCGUGCUCUAGAAGAAAUUAAAGUUCCUUGGUCUUACACUACUAAUGUACCUUCAAAAUUUGUAAAUUCAUCCUCGGACCAUAGGAAAAAUAAUUUAACUGAAGAAGGGAUAUCAUCCGAUAAAAAACCUCGUGAACGAAUAAUUCCAAUAACAAUAGAAGGGAAAGAUGAUCAAGAUGAUGAAAAUGAAGAAUUGCAAAGAGCAUUACGCUUAAGUUUACAAGAUAAUGAAGAUAAUAUAGAUAAGAAUCUAAAUUUGAGAUUGGAGUCUCAUAUCGAUAAUAAGGUACCGCCAUCGACGGAAGUUGUUGAUGAUGCAGAUCAAGAUGAUGAAUUAAGGAAAGCUCUACAAUUAAGUCUUGAAUGUGUAACGGCUCCACCAACACCAGAUUUAGAAGAUUUGCGUUGGCGUCGGUUAAAUCAUUUUGGUAUAUAUUCUAAAGCAUCAAAUAAUGAAGCAUCUCCAAAGUUAAAUUCUUAA